AUGCAAUUCUUAAAUGCCGAUGUUUUAAGAGAAAUCUUUCUAAAACUUGCCGAUACCAACGAUUUAACCGGGGAAUACUCGAGUAUCGGAUUACGUGAUCUUUACCCUUGUAUCUUUGUUUGUCGUCAAUGGUGUAGUGUAGCCAUGCCUAUAUUAUGGGGACGACCUUUUCAUUUUUUAAGAUUUUCUGAAGAUGAACCUAUACCUCGAACUAGUGAUAAAAUACUCGAAAUAUCAUUGUCAUACAUAAAUUUAUGUUUGGCCGUAAUAGAAUGGUGCAAUGAUUUAGAAAAUAUAAUGAGACAAAAGUAUGGUGAAGAAUCAGAAUUAACUGAGGAAGCCGAAUAUUUAAUAUUACAUACGAUUUUAAAACUUUGUUUUAACAAAGGGGCAAGAUUGUCCAGCUUAAAUAUUCUUAUAUACGAUUUUAUCUUUAGUGAUAAUGAUAAAGAUGAUAAAAAAACACUCGCAUUAACGAAAUGCUUCGUUGACAAAGAAUUAGAAGAAUUUUUUGCGUCAAUUCAUUCUUUGGAAUUUAAUGUAAUGUUUAAAGUUACAAAUGAUUUAAUAUCUAUGUUAUCGCGAAUAUGUCACAAAUUGAAUCAUGUAUACGUUCACACAUUAUGGUCACGCCGUCCAGAUACACAAAUUGUGACCGAAUUUGGAGAAUCAUUCACUGCGCUCGUAUCAGCCCAAAAAAAUUUAAGCUCCUUUCAUUUAUCGAAAUGUAAAGGUUACACGCAUGUAUUUCUUCCCGCAUUGAGUAAAUGCACCAAGACAUUACGCCACAUGAAAUUUGAAGAAGUAGAUUUUAAAGAUUGUAAACCAUGGUUCACAAUUGCCGAAUGCAACAAUCUGGUGUCACUUCAAGUAAUUCAAUGUUCUAAUACCAACUUUGAGAUGAUUGAACCAGUAAUAAACACCACAUUUAUGAAUAUAUCCGAAGCACUUUAUUAUGGAGACGGAAUUUGUAAUGAAUUCAUGGAAUGGGCUGACGGAAUUAAUAACAAAAUUCGUGAUAGAAUUUGUGAAAUGUAA